AAUAGCACCGGUAACUAUAGCAAUAUCGAUCGUUUAAUUCUAAAGCGAGCGCUAUCGGCAUGAGCUUGCCGUGAACAUUUGAACAACAUGGACAAAACUCCGGAUAAAAAGUUAAUUCGUAAACAAUCGAGUAAAGCAGUUUUCGGAAUAAAAUUACCACCGAUUGAAAAAAAUGACACGGACCACCAUGUCAAAACAAUCUUGGAUGUCGACCCCGACUACUUUUCUCUCGUUGAAGGUAGAAAAAUUCGACCGAACACCUCCAUGAACAAGUACAAGGAAGAUGUUAAAAAUGUUGCCUUAAAAAGGACUCUUCGAGGAUUUUUAACUGACGAAAUUUUAAGGAUAGACAGAGAAAUGGAAAAUGAAAAAAGUAUUUACGAAUCCGCGUCUGCACACUUCGAUGAUUGUCAACAAAGUUUCGACAAAUUUUUGGCUGACGAUAAUAACAAAACGAUUGCUAUUAUGCAAAAAUCGGAUGGCUUGGCAAAAGAACUGGUAAAUCAGACAGAGGAGCACAAACAGGCAAAUUACGAGGUGGCAACCCUCAAGUCAAAACUGCAGUACAUCGACGAAACUUUACUGAUAUUGCUGUCGUUCGAGAGAUUCCUUCAUACAGCUGCACCGAUUUUGUGGCAGGAACAUAACAAUGUUCAACUGGACAGACACCACACUGAAAUCAUAGAAAUGGAUUCAAAUAUCUUCGUUCCUGUAAACAAAGAUAUAGUCAAAGAGCGCUUGAGUAAACUUUCAGCUCCAAAAUUAUAUUUUGAGACCCCUGAGCAACUCUUGGAAAUGUUUGAGUUGUUGGAGCACCAGAAUCUUAACUAUUUACUUGCUACAGAGGAACUAAACGCUGAAAAGAACAAAUUACUAAAAUCAAGAGACGUCUUUAAAGCCACUUUAAACCAACAAUUAGAUUUCAUUCAAAAAAAGAUGGAAGGAAUCGAAGCCAUGAUCACAACUAAUAAAAACCGCGAGAUUGAAGUUAAAGAAAUAUUUUACAGAAUUCUUGCCGAUAAGUUAAGGUACGUAGUGUCAUCUGAGUGUGCUUUACAAGUAUCUAACUACGUUGAAUAUGCCUACGAACAACUAGUUGCUACUAAUGAAACUAAUCUCAGUCCUGUGGAAAUGAUGAGGGCUCUGGAGAACGAAUAUGACAAUGUAAUGCUAGAUUUAUCUACUUACGACUUGAACCUUGUGAAGGCAGUGGAACAAGAGAUAUAUGAGAAUGAAAUAAAGAACAUGAAAGACGCCAAAGAAGCAGCUAAACUUUUAAAAGACGUCGACAAGCUGAAUAGAAGAUUAAAGUCGUCCUAUGAGCCAACAAGAAGGAAAAUUAAUUAUUAAUUGAAUUUGAUCUGAGGUGGUAGCUA